AUGUCGGAUCGUCUCACUCAACUUCAAGUUUGUGUGGACCAGCUUCUCAAACAAUACUACUCUGCACUCAACUAUAUCAACAAUUCCAAUGGCUUUGAACCUCUAGGCUCAGAACCUCCCGCUUCAGAUCCUCAAGUCAAUUCCGUACCUAAAGAAAAAUUCCGUGAAGACCUCACAGAAUUGGCCCGUGACAUUGUUCUUAAAUCAAAACAAAUCGAUCUUCUUAUAGAUAACUUACCAGGAGCAGAUUCUUCUGAGGAUGAUCAGAUGGUCCGUCUGCGUGAACUCGAGAAUGAAUUAGAAUCUGUCGAAAAUGAACGUCAGCAAGUUCUUGUAGAGUCAAGCAUUUUGCUGGCAAAGUGUGACGACCUUAUCAUCAAAGUGGCUUCUGAUAUUAGUGAAAUUCAACGGUCUUAA